AUGGCUCAGACAGAGAAGCCAACAUGCAUCCCGCCGCAGCUGCCGAAGAUGCUGAAGGAGUUUGCCAAAGCCGCCAUUCGGGCGCAGCCGCAGGACCUCAUCCAGUGGGCAGCCGAUUAUUUUGAGGCCCUAUGUAGAGAGAUGCCUCCGGUGAGAGAGCGGUCUGAGCAAGCUGCUUUGUGUAACUGGACAGAACUAACACCUGAGCUGUUAAAGGUCCUGCAUUCUCAGGUUGCUGGGAGACUGAUCGUCCAUGCAGAGGAGCUGGCCCAGAUGUGGAAAGUGGUGAAUCUUCCAACAGAUCUGUUUAAUAGUGUGAUGAAUGUGGGUCGCUUCACGGAGGAGAUCGAGUGGCUGAAGUUUUUAGCCCUUGCUUGCAGCGCUCUGGGAGUUACUAUUACCAAAACUCUCAAGAUAGUGUGUGAGGUCUUAUCAUGUGACCAUAAUGGUGGGUUGCCCCGGAUCCCGUUCAGCACCUUCCAGUUUCUCUACACGUAUAUUGCCGAAGUGGAUGGGGAGAUCUCUGCAUCACACGUCAGCAGGAUGCUAAACUACAUAGAACAGGAAGUAAUUGGUCCUGAUGGUAUAAUCACGGUGAAUGACUUUACCCAAAACCCCAGGGUUCGACUGGAGUAAAAGCACAAUUUUGGCAAUUUUAAAGGAAG